AUGUUCAGUAACAUUAGGCGAAAGUUGACGCACCCACGUUCCAAACCCAAUUCUCCAACAGGCCAAUGCUCGUCAAAAAAAGGUGAUGUCUCUUCAAAGAAAAACAGUGUUGAAUUUAUUAAACAAGAAGCAAAGUUGAAUGAACCUUCAUCAUUACGUACUGUUCUUACAGAACCUGAUUUUACUAAAACAACACCAAUAUCACCUAUGCAUAAUAGUGUUACAUUAAAUGGUUGUGAUACAAAAAAUUAUCAUAAUACUGACAAUCAAAAAUAUCCUUCAACCUCUCAUCAUCAUCAUCAUCAUCAUCAUUGUAAUGAGACAACUUCAGAAACAAUCAAUUCAUCAUUACAUGAUACCGCGACUAAUUCACAAUAUCGAAAGAAUAAAACCGAUAAUGAAGUUAAAACAUUGAUAACAUCAACCAUAUCUAACAAAUGUAAUUUCCAUAAAGAUUCCAUUGUUUAUUCUUCUCCAUCAAACGAUAAUAAUAAUAAUAUUACUAGCUCUCCUGGAAGUGAAAGUUUUCUUGAUAGUUUUGACGGUUGUGGUAGUGGUGGUAGCCGAAUUGGUGAUGGUGAUUGUGGUGAUUCAUCCACUUCUUAUUUAUCACCUGCUUCAUCUUCCGCCAAAGAUUCAAGAACAGAAGAAGAUGUGGAAGAAGAAAAACACUUGGACAAUAAUAAUAAUUCCAACAAUUUAAACAAUAAAUCAAUGUUAAAAGUUAACAAUUCUAACCAUCAUCAAUUGUUGUCUAGUCCUAAAAUAUUAACAACUCAUUCAGCACAAAAUAAAUUCAAUUCAAAUUCAUUACCAAUCAGUAAUCAAUCAAUAAAUGUGACAACCAACAAUAAAAAUCAUAAUAAUAAUCACAACAAUAACAAUACGUGUAAUCAUAAAAUGGAAACUUGUAAUGUCUGUGAUAAAACUAGCAAUCAUUUCAAUAAAACUUGUAAUAUAAAUUGUCAAACUAAUUCUACUAUAUCAAUUAAUGAAUCACCUGUUUAUGAUAAUUGCAUACCAAAUAUUAAUAAUACAACAACACCAUUAGGAGGUGAUCAUUCAAUAAAAAUAUUAACUACUACAAACAAUUGUAAACACUCACAAAAUCAAUUAUUAAUGUUGAACAAUAAUAAUAAUAAUAAUCAUCAUAAUAAUUUCAUACAAACAAAUAAUAAUCAUAAUCAUCAUUCACCACAUGUGAUAUCAUCGAAAAAUGCUCAUAGUCCAAUUUUCACAACUAAUGGUAAUCAUAAACCUUGGAAUUCUGUCGAUGGUUAUAGUACAUCACGAAUUGUAGUUGGUACUACAAUACAAGAAGAAGAAAUUGAAAGUGAAGAAUCCAACUCAUUGACUACAUUUCAAUCAUGUUGUACUGAACAGCAAAAUUCCAAAAAUUCAACUUCCACAAAAUCUUCCCUAUCUUCUAAUCAACAGAAACUUAUCAAUUCACAUAAUCCUAUGAAAGAUCCAAUGAAUUUACCAAUUCAAUUAGGUCCACAUCUUGCAGCUGCUGUUGUACAAGCAUCUGAUGAAACGGGUACAACAACUGCUGAUUUGGUUGCUGGUUUAGCUGAAGUUCGUCGACGACCAGUUGAUGCUAGAAAUAGACUUCGUCGACUUGGUUUAAUGCAAACACCAGAUAAUGGAGAUGUUUAUGAAGAAUUAUCAUUUAAUAAUAAAAUUGGCAGUUCAAAUCGUUUAUCUUUACCGGCAAGUAUUAAUCUCCCACCGCAUUUAUGGCAUAGAGCUACACAAUUUUUAGAAGAACCUAUGUCAAGACGUGAACGUCGAUGUUCAUUAUUAGUUGUUAGUUUUAAGAAACAGUAUUUUUCUAAACAAGAAUGUUAG